AGCUGGACACCUCUGGUCCCGUAGGAUCUGUGUAUAGACCCCCCGAUGGUGGCUGUCGGGCGUGGAUGAUUGUCCUGGCAUGCUUCAUCAUCCAUAUGUGCAAUUCUUCUGUGUUCAUGCUGGUAACUGUUUUAUCACAAGAUUUCGCCUCUGAAUUUGGAAGAGAAAAAAGUACCGACAUCUUGGAAGCAUUUAUUGCUGUUCGAAAGUUAGGAGUUGUGGUGGCUGCUAUCUUAAUGGUGCCGUUGGGAUAUCGCAUUGUAGGAAUCAUUGGCUGUGUUAUGUAUGGCGGAGGGUUAUUUGUGGCGUCCUGGCUCGAAAAAGAUCAGGAAGACUUUGCUGCCUUUCUGUUGGGAGGAGUUUCAGGUCUUGGAUCAGCAUUUCUCUUACUCACAGCGAUCGUUCCUCCUUUGGAAUACUUUUCGUCAAAGAGACUGCGUGCAAUUGGAAUUGUUAGAGCUGGAGAGGUGAUCGCUGUCAUAGGAAUGCUUCUUUUAUCUUUUGCACCUAAUUUAGACAAGGACAUUGAAUUGGAUUUUAAAUGGGAACAUAAUUUCCGCUAUCAAUUAAUCCCGAUAGGUAUCGCGUUGGUUUGUAGUAUCACCCUCACACCGUUGGAACUGAAGAGCUCCAGCAGCAAUACAAACUACAUUGGCCAGGUGGUUGGACUCGUGGAUUGGAAGCUGUUCAAGGAUUUGGUGCUUUACUUCAUUCUUAUUAUCAUCUUCCUCGAUCAGUUUGGUAAGCCUUUGCCCAUUGACCAAUACAGUGAGCUGCUGAAUACAGUCGAGAUUGAAGACAUAAAUGCUGCGAUAGUUGCCCCUGUGAUACCCAACAUUGGUGAGCUGGCAGGCCUGAUACUGAUGAUUUUGUGUUGCUGUUGGACGAAUCGAGAAACAGGAACUGUCCUAAUUGUUAUUGGUAUCGUCAACAUUGUUGCCGGGAUAACCAGCUGCGUCGCACCCUCCCUCGAGUCUUUUGGACUGAUUGCUGCAUUUGGAGCAUUGUUUGGACUAAGCAAAGGAGUGUUCAACUCGCUUCUUGACAAUACCAUACCGGAUACAUUCGGUAAAGGAAGCGUUCGUAUCGUGGAGGGAAUGUUUGGUUUGAUGGUUGGUAUCGCGGAAUUGGUGGUCACACCUGCAACAGAGGAUAUAUUGGAUAUCGACGAAAGAGACCCUUGGAGGUUCACAUUCUACAUCGGAGGAGCUCUUGUCAUCGUCUCCGGCAUUGGAGCCAUUUUAACACGAUUUAAAAAACCGAAAGACUAUAAAUAGAAUUUUGGAGAAAUUGAUUACCUGCCUCCAGUAUGUGUGUUUUCUUAUGGAAUAUCACAUACAUUCCUCGCAUGGUAAAGUCACACAUAUUUGUGUGCGUAUUUUUUCUGAUACAA